AUGAACUACCACCACCCAUACCAGUUGACUCCACCGGACUCGACAGUCGAUCCGAACUUUUCACAUUUUGGAGAAGACGCAGAUUUCGCGGCAGCGUUGGCCAACUGGCAGCCAUGUCACGACUGUACCCCGGCGACCAAAACCACCAUUCCACACCACCAUCAUCCGUCUGGGCGGUUACCGGGGGCAUCAGCGACGUUGGAUGGUCAUUUCUGCUGCAGCUGGCUUGUACACGAAGAUCAGCCAUGCUUCUUGUGCUUUGAAUCCCCAGAAGCACUCGACAACCACAUCAAGAACGAUCAUGCGGGCAAAGACGGCACCUACCGCUGCUUUUGGCAAAACUGCUCAAAGCAUGACAAGGCGCAGCAAAUCAACACCUUCAUCAACUUCAGCAACAAGCCUAAACUCAUGCGGCAUGUCCACAGCCAUACGGGCUACAAGCCGUUCCCAUGUCCCUUUCCCGACUGCGACAAGGGAUUCGUCACCAAAGAGCAGCUGAAGAACCACGAGACAACCCACACCAAGUCGCGGAAAUACAAGUGCGACCUGUGCAGCAAGUCUUUUGCCGUCAAGUCUGCUCUGACGACGCAUAUCACGGCUGUGCACAAAGAAGAGAAGACGCACAAAUGCGACAUGUGUGGCAAAUCCUUCGCCGAUAGCUCCAAUUUGUCGAAGCACAAGCAGAUCCACUGGCGCGAGACAGGCGGCGUCAAGAAGCAGCGCAGCAGACGAAAUACCUCAACAGCACCAAGCAACUGCAGUACGCCUUCAAUCUCGACACCCUCUAUGGAGCCACCAACGCCAGUGGCACAUCCAUACGGGCUGCAGAGACCGGCAUCUUCGGGCUACAUGCUGCCUCACAUCGCACAGAGAGCACCACUACACAGCACCUCCACCACCCUUCCAUCAGCACCCUGCUGCAACGCGCCUGUAGCGGCCGCACCAGCAUCUUGCGCCUCCGCCGUCCCAGUACCUUUCGACCCGAAUUGCUUUUGCUGCGACCAGCAGUGCCCGCCUCCAGUCGGCCCAGCUACGCCCUGCGACGAGACGGACGACUGCGGCAUGGAUGGCUUCUGCGACCUCCCCGAAUGUCUUGGUGAAGACGGCUGCGAGGAAUGUCCAGAGCCCGCAACGGCGGUUUACUGCUGUGAGGAUCAGCUUUGCGGCGGCCAAGCGUCACAGCAUUGGGAAGAUAUUUUUGGGGCGGAGCCACACAAGGGGUUCUCGCAGAUGGAACUGGAUGAGCAGUUCAAUGCUAUGGGAGGAAGCUGA